AUGUCCAACGAUAUCGCUGGGAUAGCUGAGGUCAUUGGUACAGAUGAUGAAGUGGUGAUAGAGUUUGUACUCAAUGUGAAGAAACUUUCCCGAAAUUCAAGUGAUUUCAAGAGAAAGAUAGAUGAGCUAGAUGUCAACUUGUCACAGGAGGCAAUCGAGAAGUUGUGGGAGUUGAUAUCUGACUUUAGGAAUGAUGUCAGUAAGAUUAUGAAAGAAGCUAUUGGUGUUGAAGACCCUGUAGUAAUCGACUUCGUCAUUGAUAUUGCUCGAAAAUGCCAAUCACUGCAAGAAUAUCAGCAGAAACUAGACGAAAUGGAGAGUGGGGUUAGUGCUGAUGUAGCCUCCCAGAUAUAUGCUAAAAUUAAUCCAGCAUCGGCUCCUGUAACAGAUCUGCCGGAUGAAGGGCUUAAGUUGCCUAAUCAGCAGAUAAAAUGGGAUGAUAUUGACGAUAGCAAGGAUAUGUUUCCACAGAGACCAGUAAGUCAGCAUCUGGAUGUUUCCCCUAUAACUGGUAAAGUUUACCGUGGAUCUGUAAAGAACAUUACUGCUUUUGGUUGCUUCGUACAGCUAUCAGGUGUCAAGAAAGUAAAUUGUGAUGGACUAGUUCACAUCUCAGAGUUGAGCCCCAUAAGGGUACGUGAUCCAAAUGAUGUGGUUCAAGUCGGCCAGCAUGUUUUUGUUAAAGUACUGAAGGUUCAAUCCAAUGGUAAAGUCUCAUUAAGUAUGAAAAAUAUUGACCAGAAAACAGGCGAAGGGUCUGGCACUGGACCCAAUGGUAUGCCCUUGGUACCAAGAGGAAGGCGUCUGGGAAGAAGCACUGAUGAUGUUGCUUCUGAACACAGAACGCAGAGGCGUCCCUUGACAUCACCGGAGAGAUGGGAAAUAAGGCAACUUAUAGGCAGUGGUGCGGCAUCUAUCGAAGACUACCCAGAGUUGAAUCAGGAUCAGAUCAAAGAAGUUCCAAAAUUAUCAGACUCUAGCAAUGCAAAUGUCAGAAAUCAAGAAGUUGACGUCGAGCUGAACUCCGAUGAUGAACCACUCUUCUUACAAGGACAGUUGGAGAAAGGACCCAAGAAGUAUGAAGCACCAAAGAUCGCCAAAGUCCCCAAAGGUGUCAUGAACAGGGUCGCUGUCGGCGGUUCCGCAUUGAUGAAAUCUCAUCGUGAGGAGAAGGUUAAGCUCAAGAGAGAAAUCGAACAGCAGAUCAGAAAGAAACGGGCUGUAGACGAUCCAACGAAGAACCGUGAAGAAGAUAAAAAAAAGGUGGAUGAUCUUCGACAACAGCUUGUCGUCACAGCAUGGGAAAGAAAUCGACUGCGAGAGAACAUAAGUUUUGGUAAAAGAGAAUCUCAACCCAUUAGCGGCCAAAGGAAAUCCCUACCAGUGUACAAGAUGAGAUCUGAGCUAGUCCGAGCAGUACAGGACAAUCAAUUCCUAGUUAUUGUCGGGGAGACGGGUUCUGGUAAGACAACUCAGAUAACACAGUAUCUGAACGACGCAGGGUUUGCCGACCGCGGCAUCAUCGGUUGUACCCAACCACGUAGGGUUGCAGCGGUUUCUGUCUCGAAAAGAGUCGCCGAAGAAGUUGGAUGCAAACUGGGGACUGAAGUCGGUUAUACCAUCAGAUUCGAGGACAAUACAUCUCCGCAAACACGAAUUAAGUACAUGACAGACGGUAUGUUGCAGAGGGAGGCUUUGCUCGAUCCGACGAUGUCCAGAUACUCCGUGAUCAUGCUUGAUGAAGCUCACGAGAGAACAGUUGCAACAGAUGUCCUUUUUGCUCUUUUAAAGCAAGCAGCCCAAAAGAGACCAGAUUUGAAGGUUAUUAUUACUUCAGCUACUUUGGAUGCUGCAAAAUUCUCGGAAUACUUCUGUCAAUGUCCCGUCAUAACGAUUCCAGGUAAGACCUUUCCGGUGGAGGUCUUCUAUGCUCAAACUCCGCAAAUGGACUAUAUUGAGUCUGCGCUAGAUGCCGUUAUGGAGAUCCAUGUGAAUGAAGGAGCAGGUGAUAUAUUAGUGUUCUUGACGGGGCAGGAUGAAAUUGAUUCCUGUUGUGAAAUUUUGUAUCAGCGAGUUAAGACUCUAGGCGAUAGCAUAGGGGAAUUGUUGAUUCUACCUGUUUAUUCGGCGCUGCCCAGUGAAGUUCAAUCAAAAAUUUUCGAACCAACUCCAGAGGCUACUCGUAAAGUGGUUUUCGCCACUAAUAUUGCCGAAACCUCCAUCACUAUUGAUGGUAUUUAUUAUGUCAUUGACCCUGGAUUCGCCAAGAUCAACACUUUUAACCCCAGAGUUGGGAUGGAACAAUUAGUGGUCUCACCGAUCUCUCAGGCACAGGCAAACCAAAGAAAGGGUAGAGCCGGCAGAACAGGUCCGGGAAAAUGUUACCGCCUUUACACAGAAUCAGCAUUCUACAAUGAGAUGCUCCCAAAUACAAUCCCUGAGAUCCAGCGACAAAACCUCGCACAUACUAUUUUGAUGUUGAAGGCUAUGGGUAUAAAUGAUCUUAUCAAUUUUGAGUUUAUGGAUCCUCCUCCUAGGAACCUCCUGAUGCGAGCUCUUGAAGAGCUUUUCAAUCUUCAAGCAUUGGAAGAUGAUGGUCGGCUGAGUAAACUGGGAAUGCGUAUGUCUCAAUUCCCCAUGGAACCGCAGCUCUCUAAGGCAUUACUGUCAUCGGUGACCAACGGUUGUGGAGACGACAUCAUAACAAUCAUCUCCAUGCUAUCUGUUCAGAACGUAUUUUAUCGUCCCAAGGAAAAACAGCAGGAGGCUGAUAAUAAGAAAGCUAGGUUCCACCACCCUUACGGAGACCAUUUGACAUUGUUGAACGUCUACAACAAAUGGCAGCAAGCAAAUUGCACUGAACAAUUCUGCACUAUCAAUUAUCUUCAUUACAGACAUCUCAAGCGGGCCAGAGAUGUUAGAAAUCAAUUGACUACUCUUUUCACGAGAUUCCGACUACCAAUUGCUAGUAGCCAUGGUGAUCCUGAAGUAAUAAGGCGUACAUUAGUAUCAGGGUUCUUCAUGAAUGCCGCAAAACGAGAUUCCCAGGUAGGUUAUAAGACGAUCUGCGGGGGAACGACCGUGGGAAUUCAUCCUUCAAGCUCGCUUUUCGGUAAAGAGUACGAAUAUGUCAUAUACCAUAGUUUGGUUCUGACUAGCAAAGAGUAUAUGUCACAAGUGACUGCGAUUGAUCCUAACUGGCUCGUAGAAUCAGCGCCUCAUUUUUACAAAGUUGCCGAUGAAGACAGUCAAUCUCGUAAGAAAGCUAAGAUCGCACCUUUAUACAACAAGUUCUCAAAGGACCAAAAUUCAUGGAAACUGAGCUCGAUUAGACAAUCGCGAGAAAAAGCGUUGGGUAUCAAGAGGUAA